AGAGCACCAACAUCAACCAACACAGGCAACUAUACACAAUAUGGGGGUGCGCCACCACAACGUGCAUCGGCUGUGGGCACACCCACGCGUACACAACAAGCGUCGGGUAAUAACUUCCGACCUCGAGUCAAUCGAGUGGAUGGUGAUAACCGUGUAUAUGAUACUUUACAAGUAAACGGACAUGCAAUGCGCACACUCAUUAACACGGGGGCGAACCGCUCUGUUAUCACUCAGGCAUCCGCAGAAAAGGCACGACUAUCUAUUACACCACCAGUUAAGGAUAGUUAUAUAUAUUUGGCGGACAAAGUUUCCGCACACCGCGCUUAG